AUGGCCAAUAAAUGUUUCCUACAAGCACUUCAUACCACAACGAGAGACCUUAGAUCAAACAACAGCAUCCUUGGAGGUGUGACUCUUCUUCUUGCAGGAGAUUUUCAACAAAUUCUGCCUAUUCUACCCAAAGGAACACCCGCUGAUAAACUUAAUGCCCACCUUAAAAAAUCCCUCCUUUGGUUGCAUGUCCAAUCAAAACAACUUACCAUCAACAUGAGAUCACUCCUACAGACUGGCCAACCUACAACCCAGUUUUUGGAAAUGCUCCUUAAAAUCAGCAAGGGACAAAUUACAUCCGACGGCAACGGAUACAUUGACACUACCACCAUUGGCCACAAUGUCUCCAGCCCUAAUGACUUAUGUUCAGCCAUUUACCUAAAUCUUACAGUGGAAUGCAUAAAACCAGAUUGGCUUCAUGACAGGACUGUCAACACUCUUAACUAUGGCUUACUCACUUGGCUACCUUCUCAAGAAUGUUUUUACAGAUCAGUUGACUACGUUACAGACGUCGAUCAGGUUACACACUUUCCAACAGAAUUUCUCAACUCCCAAGAUCCUCCAGGACUCCCUCCCCAUGCAAUCCUAUGCAAUCUAAAUGCACCCAUACUAAGCAAUGGAACUUGCCUUUUGGUCAAACAAAUGAUGGACCACUUCAUUGAAGCCCAAAUUAUCAUGGGACAUGGCAAAAACAAUACCAUUUUCAUUCUGAAAAUUCUACUAACCCCAGCUGACUUCCCCUACUCUAAGCACAGACUUCAGUUCUCUCUGGAACUCAGCUUUGCCAUGACAAUUAACAAAGCAGAAAGUCAGUGA